AUGUUUCACGAGAGCAGCGUGACUCGGUGGCCGAUUCAGCCGGUCCAGCGUACUGAGUGGACUCGUUACCAUGACAAGCUCUUCGAGCGCGCUCUGCUCUUCGUGCCGGAGGACCUCCCCGACCGCUGGGACCAGAUCGCCGACCAGGUUCCCGGCAAGUCGCCGGCGGAGGUCAGGGAACACUACGACGCCCUCGUCCACGACGUCUUCGAGAUCGACUCUGGUCGAGUCGAGGUCCCGAGUUACGUCGAUGACUUGGCGCCGCAACUCAGUGGCGGUGCCGGAAUUUCGACGUGGGACAGCGCUAGUCAGAUCUCAUUCGGGUCCAAACCGAAGCAGGGCGAGAACGAAAGGAAGAAAGGCACUCCUUGGACGGAAGAGGAACAUAGGCUGUUUCUCAUUGGGCUCAGUAAAUUUGGAAAAGGAGAUUGGAGAAGCAUUUCAAGAAAUGUUGUAGUGACAAGAACACCAACUCAAGUAGCGAGUCAUGCUCAGAAAUACUUUCUUCGCCAGAAUUCUGGGAAGAAGGAGAGGAAAAGAUCAAGCAUCCAUGACAUAACCACUGUGGACAGUAACUCAGUGCCUGUGCCCAUUGAUCAGAACUGGGUUCCUCCUCCAGGUGGUUCAAUGCAGCAGUCACGAGACAUGCUGCAGUACCCUUCCAACAACAUUCAUGAUCAAAUGGGUCCAUUUGGGUAUUCAAACUAUGGUUUUGAAAUGUGA